GGAUUUGUACCCAGAUUUAUUAUUAGGUUGCUGAUUUCUUCAUGUUAACAAAAUAACAAACAAUGAUUUUUUAUUUAAUGAUAAAAUGGAUCAUUAUGAUGACAAUCAUUUCGAUUGUUCAAGGUGAAGCUAAUCAUGAUAAUGAAGAAGAUUCCAUGAUGAUGACAAUUCCUAAUGAUAACAGUAUAAAAAAACCAUCAUUACGUCAACGAUUUGAAAUAAUGACCAACAAAGAACGUUUUCAUAUAAAUAAUAAUAUAACACAUAUAUUGAUGCCACACAAUCUUGAACAACAAUAUCAACAUCUUAAUCGUCGUACGCGUACAACAUUUCGACCAUCAAGCGCAAUACUUUAUUUACAUCCACCAAAACCACGACACAUAGAAUCAAUCGAAACUCAUUUAACAAUGUUAAAUCUAACAUCUGAUGAAAUAUUAGUUGGCUGGGAAGUUGUCGUUCAUUUACGUGUGGAAGAAUCAUCAGGAUCUAGUCGUACCAAACGUAAAAUAGAAGCCAAAGUUGAAGAAGAACAAAAUCCGCUUAAUUUUAUUCUUUAUAUACGCAAAUAUGGUACAACAAACCGUGAACGAUACCAAUUUAUUGAUCAAAACAAUACACUCGAUUCGCCAAUAACAAACAAUAAAACCUAUCAGUAUCGAUUCAAUGGAUUAGAAUCAAUGACUGCAUAUGAACUUUGUUUACAAUCGGUUAAUGCUGGUCAAAUCAGUGAAACUAUUGAAAUUUCUCGUCAAUUUCCUAUUAAUGCAUUAACUGAAUUGGCCGGACGUAAUAACCCUUUGUUUGUUUGCAAAGAGAUUGUACUACCUUCACCAUCUUCCAAUUCGAAACCCGGUACAAUAAAAUGUCGUAAUAAUGAAAACAGAUUUACUGGACGAAGUGGAGAUUCAUCUAACCAACAAAAUUCUAAUUUAUUAACAAACACCGGUGCAGCUAUUCAAAUUAGUGAAGAAGUAACCGAUAGAUUUGUAGUAUAUACGGCCAUUACUACAGGAACGACAACAGUAUUUGUUUUGGUUGUCAUGGUCAUAUUUUGUUGUUGUCGAUGUCAUAAUCGUCAUCGUAACAUUGAUAAUAACAAAAAUGGACAACAACAAGUCUUUCUUUAUGAUCAGGUUGGCAACAACAACAACAACAACAACAACAUGAUUCCCUCUUAUUAUGAUUAUCGAAAUUGA